AUGGAUUUUAGGAAUAACAGAAACAAAAAACCCACCAGCAUCUUGGACAAGUUCAGCUCAUUAAGAAGUUUAGAGAAGAGAAAGAAAUCAAAUCGCUACAAUGAUGUGGCCGGAGAGAACUUGCAGCAGCUGCACAUCAUCCAGCAGAAAAUUAACCAGCUCUCAGAACACGAUGUCCAACUAAAAUUUGAACAAAUGCUUGACGAUAUGAACCUGAGUGACGAGAAGAAAGCUCCACUGAGAUUGAAAACAACAGAACAGAAGAGGGCAAUGUUAGCCAUGCAUUUCAAGGGUUCCAUGUUGAGCCACAGUAAGGUAGACACCGUCGAUGAGUUCAUUUAUGAGAUGAACAGAAAUGAUUUGAGGGGUGGGGCCAGGUAUGGCAUCAUAUCAUCACUCAGGGUCGCCUUAACCAACAAUCCUGUCAGCCAAUCAGAAAAGAGGAGCACAUUGGAAUGUAUAAAAUGUUUGAGUGCUUAUUCGAAUAACAAGUAUGGGCUGAUGCAGUUGAUAAAGCAUGACGAGGCUCUCGUGCUGCUGUGCCGAUGUGUGGAUGUGCGCGAUGCUCCAAGCAUGCUGGAAGCUGUCAAGUUGAUAGCUGCCAUAUCACUCGUUCCACCAGAUGGGUUGGACAAAGUGUUGGAAGCCAUAUCAAUCUGCGGUGAGUUGAGGUGCCAAGAAAGGUUCCUUCCAAUAGUCCAAGGUCUUAAUCUUAAGGACAUUCAAAUAAAGAUUGCCUGCUUGCAACUAACAAACGCCAUCAUCAGCACUGCAGAUGAAUUGCAUUUCAGACUGCACUUACGUAACGAGUUUUUAAGGAAUGGACUGAUUGAUCUUUUACCUUCCUUGGAGCGCCACCCAAACGAUGAGAUCCAAUCACAGGUGAGAAUAUUUUUAGAACACAAAGAUUAUGACGCUGAGGAGUUCAGCCAUCGUUACGACAACCUCCGACUUGAUAUGGACGAUCCGAGAGAAUGUUUCGAAUUGCUGAUGAGUUCGACCGUAGACACGCCUUCAGAAAAUUAUUUCCUUUCUAUCCUUCAACAUCUCCUCAUCAUCAGGGAAGAUAGUUAUGCCAGACCUCAAUAUUAUCAGCUGAUAGAGGAAUGUGUGACGCAAAUAGUGCUGCACAGAAAUGGAUGUGAUCCAGACUUCAGGUACAACAGGAGGUUUCAUGUUGAUGUCGAACCGCUGUUAGGUAAGUUGUCGUCCGAAGAUUCCUGUGAGUUCGCUGGUUCAUCUACUAACCUCAACUCCAUGCUGGGUCCACCGCGACAGUUCAGGCAGAAGUUGGAGGAGGUCAUGACGAUCAGGCAGGAGUUAGAGGCCAAGGUUGGGUCGCUCGAGGCCAAGGUGAAAGGUUACGAAGAAGAGAUCCAAAUUCUCAAGUCCAAGAUUUCCGGUGAUAUAGGAUCGACAAUAUCGUCAGCCCUCCUCAACAAUAUUCCUUCAUCAUCACAAACGACCAAUCAAACAAACGUUCCCGUACCACCUCCUCCGCCAUUCGCUGGCAUCCCUUUUGCUCCUCCUAUUCCGGGAUCCAUCCAUCCGCCUCCUCCACCAAUCGCAGGCCUUCAUUCUUCGGUUGUUAAAUUGCCUGACUUUGUGAAGCCCAAGAAAAAGUACAACCCUUCAACACAAAUGAAGCGAGCCAACUGGGUGAAGAUCAACCCGUCAGCAUUACAACCGGACAGCUUCUGGCUGAGAUUGGAUGAGGAAAAGUUUGCUUCAGUUGAACUUUUCAACCAGCUGACUAGCAACUUUGCUUUCAAAACUAGCGACAAACCAGAAUCAAGUGAUCCGGUCGAGAAGGCAUUUAAAAAAGUUAAAGAACUGAAAGUGCUCGAUUCUAAAUCUGCUCAGAAUUUGUCAAUCCUGCUUGGUUCCAUUAAAGUGCCAUAUGAAGAGAUAAAGAGGAGGAUAUUGCAGGUUGAUGAAUCUAAGUUGACCCUCAGUUUCAUCGACCAACUCAUCAAACUACUGCCACCUCGCGAUCAAAUUAACAAACUCGCUCUUCUGAAAGAUCAUUAUCAGGAAUUAUCGGAGCCCGAACAGUUUGCUGUGGUGGAAAUGGUUGCUUCCCUGGUCGCCAUGGAGGAGGUUCGCAACAGUACCAAACUUGCUGACGUCAUGGGCAUCAUCUUGCUGCUAGGCAACUACAUGAACGCUGGUUCCAGGAAUGAGCAGACGAUUGGCUUUGAAAUGAACUUCAUAUCUAAGCUGGUGAACACAAAGUCGACAGACAACAGCCAGACCCUGAUGCACUUCAUGGUGCAGUACGUGCAGAACCACCAUCCACCUCUCAUUGACUUCUAUCUCGAACUCUCCCAUGUUGAGAAAGCCGCGAGAGUGUCUGAAGAUUUGUUGCAAAAGGCCGUGGUGCAGAUGUGCAAGCAGGUGGAGCAACUGGACAUCGAUCUGAAGAACGCCGAACGAGAACACAACAGCUGCAAAAAUAAUAAUGCUAACGAUUGUGACGAUCGAUUCGUUCAAGUCAUGACUCCAUUCUUAGUGGAGAGUAGCAAUCAAUGCAGCCUGCUGGAAGGCAUGCACAAGAACAUGUUGAACAGGUACCAGGACAUCUCGAAAUACUUCUGCUACGAUUACAAGAGGUACUCCAUGGAGGAGAUGUUCGCUGAUCUCAAACUCUUCAUAGAACAUUUUCAACAAGCCAAGAAAGACCUGGAUAGAUUGAAAGAACAAGAAGAGAAGAUGAAACGACAGAAAGAGAUGUUGAUGAGGCAGGAAGAGGAGAGGGAAGAGAAAAGAAAGAGGAAGAAGAUGAUUAUCGACAUCAAUGCUGAUGAUGACCAGGAGGGUGUCAUGGACAAUUUAUUGGAAGCCCUUAAGACAGGGUCAGCCUUCCACGUCAGUCGAGAAAGAAAGGAGCGAAGGAAGAACCCAAGAAUUGCUGGAGCUGAGAGACGAGCUCAACUUGUACGAUCGAGAUCGCGUCAGAAUGUAUUGAGCCCGCAGAGCCCUGGUUUGAAUGCAACAACAUCCACCCCAUCGACAACACCAGCAUCAAAGACGACAGCAACACCAUCCACGCUUACAACAAAAUUAUCACCGCAACAACAACAACAACAGUUUAAAAAACCCCAUCAAUCAGAACAGCAACGCAAAUACAAAGAGCAACAUCCCUCCGGUCUGAAAACAAUCCUCUUUCAUGACGAUGACGACCAUGUGGAUGGUGGUGGUGAUGCUAGUCUCAACGCUACUAUCAUCAAAGCUUCAGAUAAAAAAUCCCCAAAACCCAGCAGCAUCAGCAGCAGCCAAACGACAGCCGCAAGAUCCAACAAGCCUAACACUCAAAGGACGCAGUUCACAACGCAACAACAACAACAACAGUUUAAAACAUCGUCAUCGCCAUCAACUUCCUUUAAAAAGACCUCCCCAUCGAAAUAUUCACCAUCGCCAUCUUCCACAUCUCCAGUGAAGAUGAAGACAUCAAACACGUCACCAUCAUCAUCCUCGAAAUAUACGAAGCAAAUGCAACAAACUACAAACUACAAAAAAAUAAUUCCAACAGCAUCAUCAUCAUCACAGCCACCACCACCAUCAUCAUCAUCACAGCCACAGCCAUCAUCAUCAUCAUCGCCAUCUUCGUCAUCACUUUCUGAAGCUCAAAGAUUAUUAGAUAGAUUGAGGGCAAUGUAAGGCGUUGAUGCUGAUGUGAUGAUAACGACGAUGAUGUUUGGAGGAGGAUGAUGUUGGUGUGGAUAUUGUUCAAUUGCAGCUUCUUUCCAUGCAUUCAUUUAUCUUCAUCAUUCCCUCUUCACGUAUUCAUCAUCACUGAUUUUAUCAUGGAAGUGAUAGCAGCGAUACCUGAAAUGCCUUGUUACUCAGUUAUCUUUAGUGUCCGUUGAAUGUUAAUGCUAUACAUGUAUCAUGCUAAUCGUUCUUCUUAUUAACAAAUUAUUUUAUUAGCUGUCAGUGACGGUUCAUGCAUGCAUAUAAAGUUCUAUUCAUAUAUA